AACCGCUUCCCGGAAAAGAAAAAAUAAAAAAGAAAAAAAAGAGAAGAGCCGCGUCUCCCUCCCACCGAAAUCCCUCCUCCUCCUCCUCCUCGUCCCCCAUUCGCCGCAGGGCUCGGCUCCACACGAACGCGACGCGGCGGCCGCCACCGAUUCCAUCCGGAGGAAGGAGCCGCGCCGCCUCCUUCCUAUAUCCCUCCUCCUCUCCCGUCCUAAACCCUAGCCGCGACCGCGAGUUCGGGGUCCUAAUCCGGAUCGACUCCGCCUCCCCGAGUCGCUCGGACGCGUUCUUCUUCCGGGUUUGACUUUGUGCUGCCCAAGAUUGCAUCUCCAGCGGAAGAAUCAGAGGGAUUAAAUUAACGCUGUCUGGCUGCGCCAUUAAUAACCUUGGGUGGUGGUGGUGGUGGUGGUGGUGGUGGUGCUCCACUGGAGUGGAGGCUGUGAGCAAGCUAGUGGAGUGGGGGCGUUUCUUAGGCAGGUGCUAUGGCGACAGCAACAAUGGCAACCGCAGCUGGCGCGGCUGCGCUUCUGUACUACACGCUGAACCGCCGGCUUCAGGUGGAGAAGCUGAAUCAGGAAGGCGAUUGCGGCAAUGAAAGAGAUGCCGCGACGAGGGGGGCCCUCAGUACCACCAGCAGGAGCAGGGUGUCAAGGAGGGAUGUUCGUGCCCCUGCCACAUGGCUGGAGACAAUUUCCACUCUGUCGGAGACACUGCGGUUCACAUACUCAGAGACCCUUGGGAAGUGGCCCAUCGGUGACCUCGCUUUUGGGAUUAGCUUCCUCCUCAAGAGGCAGGGGAAUGUACCUGUAGCAAGCAUAUAUGCUGGAGAUGAUAGUGUGGAGCUCAAUGGAGCUCCAGUAAUUGCUGACUUAAAGCAUCAUUUAAAUUUGUUGACACUAUGUUGGCAUUUCUCCAAGAAGCCGUUCCCGUUGUUUUUGGAGGCGACUGGCUACUCUUCGGAGGAUGUUCUUAUGCAAGAGCCUAAAGCAGGAAUUUUGAAGCCAGCUUUCACCAUUAUACUUGAUAGAGACAAGCAAUGUAUACUUCUAUUAAUUAGGGGAACCCACAGCAUCAGGGACACACUAACAGCAGCCACUGGUGCUGUGGUUCCAUUCCACCAUACUAUUGUACAGGAAGGUGGUGUUAGCGAUUUAGUUUUAGGGUACGCGCACUUUGGGAUGGUUGCAGCAGCUAGAUGGAUUGCAAAGCUUGCAGCCCCUUGUCUUGCUCAGGCAUUGCAUACUCAUCCAGAUUAUAAAAUAAAGAUUGUUGGACAUUCACUUGGUGGUGGUACAGCAGCUCUGUUGACAUAUGUCCUGAGGGAACAGCAGGAGUUUGCAUCUACUACUUGUGUCUCCUUUGCUCCAGCUGCUUGUAUGACAUGGGAUCUGGCAGAAUCAGGAGUGCAUUUUAUCACUACAGUCAUCAAUGGAGCUGAUCUGGUGCCAACCUUUUCAGCUGCAUCAGUAGACGAUCUUCGUUCAGAGGUUACUGCAUCUGCCUGGUUAAACGAUCUGCGCCACCAAAUAGAGCAAACCAGAAUUCUGAGCACUUUCUAUCGAUCUGCGUCAGCCUUGGGAUCAAGACUUCCUUCAAUAGCAAAUGCCAAAGCAAGAGUAGCUGGUGCUGGUGCUAUCCUAAGACCUGUAUCUACCGGGACACAGGUUGUAAUGAGGAGAGCUCGUAGUGUAGCACAAGCAGCUUGGACAAGACCAGCACUUCAGCUAUCCUCAUGGACAUGUAUUGGCCCAAGGAGGCGAACUAAUACUGUAUCCACUUCAACAGUAACAUCAGAAGAAAUAAGAGCAACAACAAAUGAUGGCUCUGAGUCCACUUCUCUGUUGACUGAAACCACAGAGAUAGUUAAAACUGAAACCAUGCAGUUUGCUUCAUCAGAAGAGGUUCAGAGUUCGAGUGAGGUGUCAGAUGCUGUUGGAAUGAUGGAUGAGAAGGUAGAUAGUGACGGUGAGGACAUCAUUGAUCACCAUGUGGAUGAGGACAGGAUGACUGACGUAGAGCUGUGGCAGCAACUUGAAAAUGAGUUGUACCGAAGGAGUGAAGAUGACGAAAUAGUGGAGGAUAUGACUGAAAGUGCUAUUACUGAAGAGGUGGGUGGCACAGCUGAAGAUGUGCUCAGUGAGACCAAUGACAAGGAGGUACAUAGAUUUUAUCCUCCAGGAAAAAUCAUGCAUAUAUUAACUUCCACCAUAGAGGAAACAGUCAGUGCCGAAGAGUCGAGCGUGCCUCAUGAAGAUGACACGACCGGUGAUUCGGACACCAGAAUAGGCAUCUUCUUGACCCCAAGGUCAUUAUAUGGCAAACUGAGGCUUUCAAAAAUGAUGAUUAACGAUCAUUACAUGCCUAUAUAUAGAAGAAAUAUUGAGCAGUUGAUCGCUGAGCUUGAGAAGGAUUCGUCAUUCCCAGUCAGUGAUUGUCUUGACAGUGAAGUUCCCUAGUUUGACACAUACAUAUAUGUAGUUCCAGCUGUUGUAAACGCUGAUGCAAUAGAAUGAUAGUUUCGUUAAGUGUAUCUAACAUCCUCUGGAAUAAUUACAGAAUUCUCAGGUCCCUAAUCACAAGGCACCACAAACGUUGCCCUAUUUCUUACAAACUCAAGGACCAUUUCUGUUA